AUGGCUUUUGGAUCAGGUUUUGCAAACGAGGGAAAGUUUCUCCCAAAAUAUAAUUUCCUUCGAGUGAAAGAUGAAAUAGAAAAAUCGAAGGUUUUUAAAAUGAUAAGAAAAAUGCCGAAAGGAUGUCUAUUGCACACACACGAUUUUGGAUCAGUUUCACAAGAAUAUGUUUUGUACAAUGUGACAUACCGUCCGAAUCUUUACGCCUGCGACUCUGGUGAAAAAUUACAACUUCGAUUUUUUGAAAUUCCUGACAGUAAAUGCGAAUGGAAAUUGUUGAGCGAAUUGCGUGCGACACCUGAAAGUGAAAAGGAAAUUAAUCAACGAAUUCGUCAACACAUGUCCAUGAUGACUGAAAAUCCAGAAGGAGCCUAUCCAGACGGGGACAAGGCUUGGAUUAAGUUCGAAAGUCUUUUCGGUUUCCUCGCAUCUUUUCUGAGACACCGACCAGUUUAUGAGGACCAUUAUUAUCAAUUACUGAAGGAGAAUUACGAAGACAAAGUUCUCUGUCUUGAAUUCAGAGCAUGCUUACCAGCACUUUACGAAUUAAAUGGAAAGGAAUAUGGACCAUUAGAAGUUGCUAAAAUUAUUAAAGAUGUAAGCGAUAGAUUUUUAAACGAGCAUCCUGAUUUUAUUGGAGCAAAGAUUAUUUACUCACAAGCAAGACAUGUCACUAUGAAAAUAAUGGAAAAAUAUUUAAAAACUUUCCAACAGUUGAAAGAUACUUAUCCAAACUUUGUAGUUGGUUUUGAUAUUGUUGGUCAGGAAGAUAAAGGUCUUCCAUUAAAAAAUUUUAUCAAACAACUUCUAGAAUUGAAAAGUGAAUAUAAAAAAUUUAUCUUUCAUGCAGGUGAAACUGACUGGAACGGUCUCAGUACAGACGAAAAUCUGAUAGAUGCCGUUUUAUUACGAACGAAAAGAAUUGGACACGGUUUUGCUUUACCGAAGCAUCCAAAAGUGAUGGAACUAGUAAAGAAACAAGACAUUGCGAUAGAAGUAAAUCCAAUUUCCAAUCAAGUUUUGAAUCUAGUCGCAGACCUCCGAAAUCAUCCUGCGAAUAUUUUAUUUGCAGAAAAUUAUCCUGUCGUUGUGUCUUCGGACGAUAUUGGUCUUUGGGGUGCACACGGUUUGAGUUACGAUUUUUACGAAGCCUUCAUGGGAAUAAUGUCGAGGAAAGCUGAUUUGAGAGCUUUAAUUAAACUCGGACAUAAUUCGAUUAAAUACAGUUUGAUGAAUGAUAAAGAAAAAGAAAAAGCUUUUACUAUUUUUCACCAGCAAUGGUCAGAAUUUGUUACAAAUUUCGAUAAAACAAAUUAUGAAUAGUAUUAAAAAUAAUAGAAUCCGAUUCAGAAAAAUGUCCAUGAAAAAGCGCA